AUGACUGCGGACGAACCUGGUCCACAGAGUGGGGAUGUACCGAAUAGCCCGGUUUCCAGCUCAGUAGCUGAGGCCCCAGAUAGGGUGGCCCCAAGAGCAGUAUCCGUUUCGACUCACGGCAAAAAGGAUGAUAAUGAUGAUGAUGAUGAUGUGCAAUUUGUUUCCUGCAUUUCUUUACACAAGGAGAUAGAAUGUCCCAAAUCAUCUCAAUUACCACUAGAUGGGAAUCAACCCUCCGAGAGUGCCCCAAAAGAAACCCCAUCUACGGUGGCUUCGCCUCUACCUCAAGUGUCGAAACAGGGGAGCACGGAGGUUUCUCAGCAACAUAAAUCUGAUGAUAUCGGACACGAUGAAAGCAGAACCAUCUCAGAACGGAGCGAGCCUUCCCCGAAAUCAGCAGCUAGCGCUGAUUGCACUCCAAACACAAAGCCUUCGCCCUCCAGCCCACUGUUAGACUCAAACAGCGGAGCAGUCCUUAGUGGGCCACUUGACUCCCAAAAGGCCUCUUCGACUCCCUGGACGGACUUCUUGUAUGCAGAUCAGCCUGAAACUAUGUCCCAGGGUUGGAGACCGGUAUGUUUUGGCGAUCCUCCCGCUGCAAAAGGGAAUCGCCGCGAGGAGUGUGAAGACCCGGCGCUACAGUCGUCACAUAUUCCGCAAGUCUCUCCCAAAACUGUACAUCAUAUGGCAGCAUCUGAUCUGCGGGACUCCUCCUCAGGAUCGGCAUCCCCAGCGAUAAUCGGAAGCCCAAGGAUGGGCGAUGCGCCCCAGGUUACGGGCCUAAAUGAUUCAAUGGGAAAUAUGUGGCCAAACUUUGCGCAUAGCCCACGCCACCACACUGGUGGGAUACCGGGUGCUCAACAAGUUGCUCCAAGGAGUAUGAAUCUGACACAAGACAAGACUACAUGGCCAAUGGUAUCAUCGUACCCACAGGGUUCGAACAAUGACUGGAACGCACUCCGUCCAGGCUUGAAUGGCCCAUCACCAACUCAAACCUCGAGAAUGCCCAUGAAUUAUGUGCAGAGUCUAGCUAACUAUAGCCAUUUUGCCGCCACUCAAUCAGCAACUGGAUUCAAGUCCAUUCAGAAGAAUAAAAACCAAAUUCUAGCACAAGAUCACACUGAUCCACCCUUUUCACCACUUACAGUGUCACAAAACUCUCUAGCACUCUACAUGAAUCCGGCCUCUGAAAUGCCAUCGACAUUUAGUCGGACGCCCCAUGACCCUCAUCCGAUUCAAGCUAAAGCUUCAUGGAUGGCGUCCAAGGAAUCGACCGCCGCUAAUUCAAACACGGAGUCAUCUAAUAUUCUCCGGAGACCAUCACUAUACAGCAUUCCCCCUUGGCCGGCACGCAACCCUGGCACAUUUACACCAUUUUAUUCCCUCUCUGUGCCACCAAAUUAUGUUGCUUCGGAUUACCCCAGCAUCACGACUAGAGACGCUUCUACGGCCAGAAGAAAUGCUUAUUCUCCUUUCUACCCUGGUGAUGACACCCGGACCAGAAUGCUAAAUAAUUGUCAACAAAACUCUAUACGGAACGCGACAUCAACGGGCUUAGGUAUCGGCCCACCGACAGGAUCUGCAACUGAAAAUAGCAGUGAUCAGCUUCCACGAAAGAGGGCUCGGCACGAAUAUUCUCCGAACUUGGUCGUUGAUAUCGCCGAAACGUGUCAAGAAUUAUUCCCAUUCGCUGAAGUAGCAGCACGCCACAACAAACCUAUUCAGAGAGUCAUCGACACUUUCUCGGCCAUCAUUCAAAUCCCAUUGCUACGGAAUGCAGAGGACAGGCGUCGACACGGGUCUCUGGGGAAGAGGAGGAUGAGGGAGUACCGGGAUGCUAAGAAGGCGAUGGAGAAGGCACAUGAGGCAGAACGGAGGACUCAGUUACCUGCGAGGAGAAGUAGCGCUGGGUAUGUUAUUGAAAGGGUUAAAGAGCCACUAGCGAACGCAGCUGGCCAUCUUAAGCCUACAGUUCUGAAUAGGUCACGGGAGGCUCAGUCGGAUUCUGGGCCAUAG